AUGGUCUCGCGAAAUGAUGUCGGGCCAGGGAGCCAUGAAAUAUCCGGGAGCCUCAUCAAGAAAACUUUCAAUAUCACUUUCGGCGGGGCGUACACUCCAGCUGGGGCAGGUCGCUUGGUACAUCGUGCAUCCUUCGCUCGAAAAACUCAUGACGCUAGGAAGCUCUCGGAUGCCGUGCCGCUCCAACCCGCGCCAGAAACCUUGGGCGUCAAAGAAAACCUUGCGUCACCGCAGACAGGUUUCGGUGGACGCGACUCACACAUACAGUAGAUACCCUCUUUGAUUCAUUCGUUACUGUGCAUGUCCUACUGUUAUUAUUGUUGAUACGUGUAGUUGUUACCACCUCGCUUAUGUAUGCGAUGCGUGUGUUCCACUUCGUUGAAGUCGACUCCUCUCAAGGUUGUACCUAUGACCGUAUCCCAAGGGCGGUUUGACAUAGACUGUAGUGUAGAACUUGCGCAAAAUAAGCUCCACACCUUCGUUGUUUGUUUUUGGUGUUCGUGCUUUCGCUUCGAAGAAGAAAGACGCCAUUCGGCUGUAUACAAGAUUGUGCUAUUGUACAGUAAGCAAAACACUCUUUGCCCGAGGCAAGCUGCGAUAAUCUGUGCAGUAUGUAUGUAGACUAUGUCUCCAACACCAAUCCCGGAACAAGGCAAAAGAAAACUCUCGAAGAUCUCUCGAAGGAUCAAAGUACCGUGGCCAUGCAUCAACUGAACACGCUACAAGCAAGCUUGAACAUCGUAUCGCAGCAGAGAAGGUGCUCAAGGACAAGUGAGGCAGGUGUCCGCAUGAAAGUAUUAUCUUCCCCUCCCUCUGCCUCUACCUCUACCUCCCUUGAAACCAAGCAUCCUGGCAAGUUUCUUCUCUUGCUCGCG